AUGUUUCAGAAUUUCGCUAAAUCAAAAACUAGUACUCAACUUUUCAGAUCUUUAAGUUUACAUUUGGUUCAAAGCAACAUCAUUAAAUCUCUUGAAGAAGGAAUUUGUUAUGACUUGGCUGUUCUUGGCGGGGGAAUUAUUGGAACGGCCAUAGCAAGAGAAAUCAAGAAGAAAAGUCUCGAUACAAAAACGAUCCUUAUAGAAAAAGAGAGCGAUUUAGGAAAACAUCAAAGCAGUCACAACAGUGGUGUUCUUCACUCGGGAGUGUAUUAUAAACCUGGAUCUCUCAAAGCAGAGUUUUGUGUCAAAGGAAGAAACCUCUUGUUUGAUUACUGCGAGAAAAAGAAAGUUCCAUAUAAAUCGUCUGGUGAACUCAUUAUAGGUAAAAAUUAUAGAGACGGCGAAAUUAUCGAGGUACUAUUCAACAGGGGUUUGGAAAAUGGCGUAACAGAUUUAAAAAUACUAGACACCAUAGAACAAAUUAAAGACAUUGAGCCGCAAUGCAAAGGAUGUCAGGCCUUGUGGUGUCCAAACACGGGAAAUGUUGAUUUCAAGAUCUUGACUGAUAGUUUAGGAAACGAUUUCCGAGAAUGUGGUGGAGACAUUUUGUUCAAUAAUCAAGUCAAGAGUAUUCAAGCCUCUUCCGAUUGUGAAUACCCAAUAGUACUGAAAUGUAAUGAAAAUUUAUACUUGAAAACGAAGUAUCUCAUUAUUUGUGGCGGUCUACAAACUGGACCCAUAUUAGAUUUGAUAGAUAGCGAACCAACUGAAACUCGUGUAUUCAUAUCUUUCAGGGUGACCUAUCAACUAUUGAAAAAUUCAACAAUUUCAAGAAACAUAUUCGCAGCACCUGUGCUCGACUUGCCAUUUUUAGGUGUACAUCUAAGUCCCCUCAUUAAUGGAGAUAUACUUUUAGGACCUACAGCUGUUCCGGCUUACAAUAUUGAGGGCUACAAAGCUGACGAAUUGAAUCUCACAUACCUCAAAAACACACUUACAUCAGACAAUUUUAAAAAUAUGACGAAAAGACAUUUUACUAAAUGUGUAGAUCAAAUUACAAGACAAAUGCUUCCAGGAAUUCAGAUCAAAGAGUUGCAGAAACUAGCCUCUGUAUCAGUAGAUGAAAUUGUCCCUGGUCCUACAGCAGUUCAAGUUCAACUUGUGAACAAAGAUGGAACAUUUGAGGAAGAUUUUGUUUUUGAAUUCUUCAAAGGAGAAGGUAUACAAAGGAGAAUUAUAAAUUGCAUAUUCACUCCAAACCCAGCAGCCACUUCCUCACUGGCUAUUGCAGAGCACGUCGCUGAACAAUUUUUUGGAGCGUAUUCACAUUGA